CUUAGUCCCGGGACUGGGUCCGGAUUCAGUCUGAACUCAGAGGCGGUGACCCGGGUUCUGCCUCUGCCUCCCUCUCUCGCCCCACAUGUGAGAGCCAGAUGCCGAUAGGCUGCGGAGAUAAACCCGACAACGAACCGUUGGACGUUGGAACCCUGUGAGGAGUGGGACGUCGUCUUCUCCUCCUCUUUGUCCCUUUUCUUCAUCUUCUUCUCUCUGUUGUUAAAGUGGAUGACUCACUGGAUGUGAAGCAUUAUGGGAGGCAGCAGAUGGACAAGCCGGUCGUGGGCCGACCAGUGACACACACACACACACACACACACACACAACACACACCCACACACCAUGGACCACGGCUUCAGUUUAAAUACGCUGAGCGUGUCCGGGCGCUGGGGAAGAUGGGAUGCAGUGUGGAGAUCAACGAGGACAUCGCACCGCGCCGCUACUUCCGCUCCGGUGUGGAGAUGGAGCGCAUGGCGGCGGUGUACCUGGAGGAGGGCAGUCUGGAGAACGCCUACGUCCUCUACACCAAGUUCAUCACUCUGUUUGUAGAGAAGCUGCCGAGUCACCGAGACUACCAGCAGUGCAGCGUUCCAGAGAAGCAGCUCAUCAUGAAGAAACUUCAGGAAGUGGCGUUUCCUCGUAAAGACGAGCUGAAGAAACGUCUUCAGGAGAAAUACAGCAGGGAACACACCGAGUACCUCAGAGCCCAGAGCCAGGCGGUGGUGGAUGGGUGUGGCCAACAGCUGCAAUGCCUCUCCCUAUUGGACGAGGACAGGAGGAGGUUCCUGCUGCUGGAGGGGGAGAGGCAGCGUGUCGCCGCCCUGCGACGGAUGCAGAUUGAAUCAGAACAGUUCCGUUACUUUGAGGACCAGCUGCGGCGUCAGGAACUGGCCAAUAGGAGAGGAGAGGAGGCGGAGCAAAAGGUGGAGACCAAAGUGCCUGAGGUGACGGACGGCUCCUGUCUGUCUCAGCAGCCAAUCAGAGACAGCGUACGAUCCCAGGGGGUGGAUCCUAACAGAAACAGACCGCCUGCUCCCGUCAGCCAACCGGCCGCCACGCUGGCUGGAGUACACACUCAGAGGGUGGAAGGCCUGAGGCGGGUGGUGAUUCCCAGAGAUCUGACGUAUCGUUUCCUUCUGCUGGCCGACUCCAACACGGCCAGAGGAAUAGAAACCUGUGGGGUCCUGUGUGGACGACUGACACACAACGAGUUUGUGCUGACGCAUGUCGUGAUCCCGAAACAGUCGGCCGGUCCGGAUUUCUGCGACAUGGAGAACGUGGAGGAAUUGUUCAGCUUCCAGGACCAACAGAACCUGCUGACGCUGGGCUGGAUCCACACUCAUCCCACUCAGACGGCCUUCCUGUCCAGUGUUGACCUCCACACUCACUGUUCGUAUCAGCUGAUGCUGCCGGAGGCCAUCGCCAUUGUCUGCGCUCCCAAACACAACGACACUGGUGUGUUCAGGCUGACUGCUCCGGGGAUGUCGGAGGUUUCUGGCUGCAGACUGAAAGGUUUCCAUCCUCACUCCAAGGAGCCUCCUCUCUUUACCGUGUGUAAACACGUGGUGGUGAGAGACUCAAAGAUCAGUCUGCUGGACCUCAGGUGACUGACAGGAGGCGCUGUUCGUCUCUUUACUGCCAGGCUUUUAUUUUUUCAAGAGUAAACUGUGAACACCCUGCCUCUGAGUGUGUGUUCAGUGUGUGUGUGUGUGUGUGUGUGUGUGUGUGUGUGACCUUGCUGUAUUUCAGCGUUUGAAGGGAUUUCGACUCUUUGAAGGAAGCGUUUGUGCGAUGUUGGGUUUUCUGUUUGUUUUCUGUGGAACCUGUUUGGCUUCGAUAUCGGCUUCUGGUUGUGUAGAGACUCAUAAAUCUCUAUUUUGUUUUGCUUUUUGUGGAUCAGAGUUUCUCCUGCAGUGUAAGACGUGGUGCAUUUGAAAUAACAAAUAUCAUGGCAGUGGCAGUUGCAGUGACAGAGUGCCUUCUCAUGAAAAACCAACACAUGAAUGUUUCCCGUCAGCAGGUCACACGAGCUCGAUGUGAAGAAACGUUGAACACACACCGUCCUCCUCAGGUUCAGUGUCAGUGAUCUCUGAACAGAAACACAGAGAGCAGAGUGAUCAUCAGCUGUGAUUAGAAGCAGCAGUGAGUGAGUAACAAACUAUAAUUUGCCCUGGGUUUCACCUCUCAGGCUGCAUACGUUCUUCUGCUCUGCCCUCUGAUUGGUCAGGUGAUGCCUGCACUCUGAAUGCAGGACCUGCAGACACUACUCAGGGCUGCGACGUUUCUACAAACUGCACGUUUUCCUGUAAAAAAAAGAAAAAAGAUUUUCUUUAUUAUUUAAAGAAAUAAAAAUAUAAAACCAAUACGUAACAUUAGGGAGAACAAAAUGUCCUCAAACUGGUCCUCACAAAGAUACAAGUACACACACACAGACUCACACGGACAGCCAGGCUGUCUCACCUGGUAAAGGACAGGACGACACACCUGACAGAGAGAGCAGCCGUUUUCCAGACCAGCACCAGGACCUGCUGCUUCUCUGUGGGUCUGUGUGUGAGUCCAGGGUCAUGUCCUCACUCAGCCGUGGGAAACGACUCUUCAAAAUGAAACCCACCCCAGAAGCCUCUCACACGGGGCCCGACCCUCCAGCUUUAGACGUUUAUUCAAACUUUCUUCUCAAAAAGCAAAAGAUUUUCUCU